CAAUCAUAACAAUCAUAACAAAACAAAAACAAAACUUUUUUUUUAAAAAUUUAUUUAUUUUUUUGGUCUUCAAAGACAUUCACAUCAAUCAGUUGGUCAUCACAUCUCUCUCUCUCUCUCUCUCUCUCUCUCUCUCUCUCUCUGUCUUUGAUGAGAGACAACCAAAAGAGUUGAUCCAUUAAAUUGUUUAGACAAUUGUUUUAUCUAUUGGCCAGCGAUUCCCGCCGGAAGCGGCGCCCGACCAAUAAUGUUGCCGACAAACAUGCGAUCACCGAAGUGUUCACCGAUGGCUCCGCCGCCGCCACCGAUUCAAGACUUUUCUCAGCGACGGUCGCAUAAAGAUCUGUACAAAACGUCUCCCAAUUGGCAACUAAUGUAUAAAAAGCAAUGUUUGUCACAAUUGAAUGACCGCCGUAUGGCUAGCCGUUCGCGACUUGUCGAACGGUUCCGCAACAUAGACAUCAACGAUAAGUUGACGACUACUGCCGCCGCCGAUGAUAAUAAUGACCUAAAGCUGGCGGAGGCGGUGGCCAAUGAACGCCAAUCAAUGGUCGAUGAAGUAAUGCGCGACGUUUGGCAACAGUUUACCAGACAAUCAACGGCUGCUGAGGAGUUGUUGCCAUCAGUUGUUGGCCACCAAUCGCUAGAUAUGAUGAGCGAUCUAAUGGAACAAAUACGACAAGAGUUGCUCAUCGAAGAGGGCAACUAUUGGGAAGACCUACUCGAUAGGCGCGACAGAGAGCACAUGGAGUGGCUGUUGGCCUCAAAUGGCUAUUAA